UCUAGUGCAGGCAGAGCUGCCACAUUCGGAGCGGCACCUUCCUGAGACCCCUGAGCUUGCAGAGCGGGGGAACCUGAAGCUAAUUUGGCGGCUUUCCCCUGAACUUGCAGCCAGCCAGCCUCAGAAAAGCAUGCGUGUGUCUGCACUCCGGGCGCUUCUGGCUUUUAAGAGCCUGUGUGCCUCAGCUCCAGUGGCCAGACCACAAAGCAGGGGAGAGGAGUGAGGCUUGGGGUAUGCGAGCAAGCUGAGGACCGCAAGGGAUGCUCUUCUGCCAGAGCUGCCAGUCUUGAGUGGAAGAUCUUAUCCAAGGUCUCUCUCUUCUCCCAACAGCCUCCUUUUUCCUGGGCUGGCCUGGUUGAAGUCUAGCAAACUAACCUCAGAUGACACUGGAGGAGACGAAAAGGACGUCAGUUUUUUGGGGUCCUCAUUGAGGAGAAAGGAACCGUUUUCUUCUUGGUGCAACAUCCCUGCCUAUGGAGAGGCUUGCUUUGAUCUACAGACAUCUGCUUCACUUGCCAUCCAGUGUGAGCAAGAGGGAGCAUGUUCAGGGUGAAUCGUAGCUGGAAGGAAUCCUGUGAGUGUUCAUAACUUCAGCACCACAGACAGUUUCUCCCACCGUGCCUCCAACACCACUUUCCAAGAGCAGACCAAAGUGAUGCUCAGCUGUCCGCCCCCAAUGGAGAUCGCUGCCCGCAGCACUACCCUGCCAGAAGUUGAACGCACGGGUACAUGCCGUUCCCAUGUUGCCACUCAACACAGACUUGGCAAAUGAAAAGAGAUGUUCUGGAUUCUUCUGUCUUUGGAGAAAAUAUUCUAGCAGGAGGGAAGCAUCAGCCGCUGCCUCACAGAAGAUGUAUCAGCUUACAGGUGGCUUCCUAGCCUUUAAGAACGUCAUUACCUGCUGUUUCCUCGUGUCCUUCUCAGGCUUUGCCCUGGGCCGGACACAAACCCAGGCUGAAGAACGACUCUUCAAGUACCUUUUCACAGCCUACAACAAGUGGUCCAGGCCUGUCCCCAAUACCUCAGAUGUUGUUAUCGUCAGGUUUGGGUUAGCCAUUGCUCAGCUGAUUGAUGUGGAUGAGAAGAACCAAAUGAUGACCACCAAUGUUUGGUUGAAACAGGAGUGGAAUGACUACAAGUUGCAAUGGAAUCCCGCUGAUUUUGACAAUGUCACUUCAAUCCGGGUGCCGUCCGAGAUGAUCUGGAUCCCAGACAUCGUACUAUAUAACAAUGCAGACGGGGAAUUUGCAGUCACCCACAUGACCAAGGCACACCUCUUCUCUAACGGCAGCGUAAAGUGGGUACCCCCAGCCAUCUACAAGAGUUCCUGCAGCAUUGACGUCACCUUCUUCCCCUUUGACCAGCAGAACUGCAAAAUGAAGUUCGGGUCGUGGACCUACGACAAAGCCAAGAUUGACCUGGAGAGCAUGGAGCGCCACGUGGAUCUGAAAGACUACUGGGAGAGCGGGGAGUGGGCCAUUAUCAACGCCGUGGGCACCUACAACACCAAGAAAUAUGACUGCUGCAUUGAGAUCUAUCCUGACAUCACGUAUAGUUUCAUCAUCCGCCGGCUGCCGCUGUUCUAUACCAUCAACCUCAUCAUCCCCUGCCUCCUCAUUUCCUGCCUGACCGUUCUGGUUUUUUACCUGCCCUCUGAGUGUGGCGAGAAAAUCACCCUCUGCAUCUCUGUCUUGCUGUCCCUCACCGUCUUCCUUCUCCUCAUCACUGAAAUCAUCCCAUCAACCUCUCUGGUCAUCCCACUGAUAGGCGAGUAUUUGCUCUUCACCAUGAUUUUCGUCACGCUCUCCAUCGUCAUCACAGUCUUCGUACUCAAUGUGCACCACCGCUCGCCCAGCACCCACAAGAUGCCCCACUGGGUCCGUACCGUCUUCCUGGAUUUUAUCCCCCGCUGGCUGUUCAUGAAACGACCGCCAGUGCUUGCCCCGUCACUGAAGGUGGCCAGCGAGGAAGUGAUCGGGCAGUACGACAUGCCCCCUGCCAAUCUGAGCACAUCACGGUGUUGGCUGGAGACAGAUGUUGAUGAUAAGUGGGAAGAUGAAGAGGAUAGCAACGAGGAGGGGGUGCAUGCUGGCCGGCUGCCCCUGCAAGGCACUUGUCACCACCACUGCCUCCAUUACCGGUAUACCUGUGCCCGUCACCUGGGAAGGGGAUUUGUGGAAGUGGUGCAGCGUCCAUCUACCAAAAUCGAGAGUCUGCCAUCAUCUGAGCAAGGGUUGCAGCUGUCUCCAAGUAUCCUAAAGGCCCUGGAAGGAGUGCAUUACAUUGCCAACCACCUACGGGCUGAGGACGCAGACUUUUCGGUGAAGGAAGACUGGAAGUACGUCGCAAUGGUGAUAGACCGCAUCUUCCUCUGGAUGUUCAUCAUCGUCUGCUUGCUGGGGACAAUUGGACUUUUCCUCCCACCUUUCCUGGCUGGCAUGAUCUAGCAUCCAAGACAUUGAAGAGCAAUCCACUUCCGCACAGCUGGCCAUCCCAGGGGUAUCCUCAGCAGCCACCACACAAACUCUUCUUCUUCUACCUGAUGUCAUCAUCCAGAUCCAAGAGGAUCCCAGAUCAGAAGCAUCUCUUACCUGAGGCUCCUUACCUGGAGUUGGAUCCUUAGCUGAUAGACUGAGGUUUUUUUUUAAUUGUAACAAUAACUGGGACUGGGAACUUGAAUUUUCUUUAAAACUUAAACUUGCCUGGUGUUAUUGCUAUAGCAGCUGGUGGUGCAGGGAGGGGAAAUUUGCAGACGGGCAACGAGUCUUGGCUUGCUAAGAAAACCAUUUAUGAGCUG